AUGGGUUCCAACAGCGGUAGAACUAUCAAGCUCCCUCUUGUGCCACUGGCAAAGGGUACGGUCCUUCUACCAGGCGUCACUCUUCGAAUCCCUGUCUCUAAUCGCCCUGACUUGACCAACCUGCUAUCCUCACUCGUGGAAAAGCCAUCGAAACGCGAUAACAACAUUACCUUCGGAUGCGUUCCACUCAGCUCACCAUUUUUGAGCCGAGACGGUCUGCAACUCAUCGAGGGCGAUGACUCUGACGAGACACAUAAGGAGGAAUAUGAUGCGAUCGAUGCGGGACAGGCCCGUAAAGAUGAUUUGUUUCGCUAUGGCACCCUGGGAAAGGUCAUUGGCGUUCAACGCCGUGCCUACUCGGAACCGUUCCUACUAGUUCAAGGCUCGCAGCGCUUCACCGUUAAGAAAGUCGUGCGUGACCGACCGUACUUUGAAGCGGAAGUGAUUCUGCAUGAUGAAAGCACUUCCUCGAUUCAUGGCGACUCAGAAGCCGCCGAAUUAUUUCAACAACUGAGACAGCUUUCCCGUGAGCUUCUUACUCUGCUCCGCCUAUCUUCAUUGCUAUCAGCCGCCUCGAAUCGAUUGUCGCCACUGGUGGCGCGUAAAUUCGAACUUUAUAUCUCCAAGACCGAGCUAGGCCAGGCAGGGAAACUCGCCGACUUCAUGGCCGAUGUCUCCGAUGCUAGCAUUGAAGAGAAGCUGCGAAUUUUGGCGUCAUUCGAUGUUAAGGCUCGUCUGCAGAGAGUGGUCGAUAUCUUAACUCGUCAAGCCCAGCACAUUAAGAGCAGCGUCAAAGUUACUUCGAUUACUACGAGCUCAUUCCCUUCCAACAACUCAGUUGAUAUUAGCCAAAUUGAUCCUCGUGAGCGAGAAAUACUGGCCCGCCGUGCCAUGGCUGGUCUUUCCGGCCUCACGCCACCAGGCACUGCCGGAGCGCGUGGAGGGAGCGACAGUGAUGAAAAGGAGCCGAAUGAGCUCGACGAGUUGCAACAGAAGCUGCGUGAUGCUGAGCUCAGUAAUGAAGCCCAAAAGAUUGCGGACAAGGAACUCAAACGUCUGCGGAAGAUGAACCCAGCUAAUGCUGAAUAUGGCGUUUGUCGCACUUAUCUCGAGAACUUGGCGGAUAUCCCAUGGACCAAAGUGACAGAGGAUCAACUUGGAGCUGAUACUUUAAGACGAGCUCGCCAGCAGUUGGAUGAGGAUCAUUAUGGCUUGGAGCGCAUUAAGAAGAGACUACUUGAGUACUUGGCUGUGCUGCGAUUGAAACAAUCGUCCAACAAGACUGUAGAGCGUGAGAUCGUUGGUCUUAACAAAGAUCUUGAUGCGGCUUCAGCUGGGGACCUCGAGAAAGAUGUUCCCUUGCUAUCGGAGGAUGAUCGUGUCGCACUGGAAACCCGACUUGGAAUUCUGAAGUCCAAGCGUAUGACCGACAAAUCUCCUAUCUUGCUCCUUGUUGGUCCUCCUGGCACUGGAAAGACCAGUUUAGCCAGAUCAGUUGCUACUUCUCUUGGGCGCAAGUUCCACCGAAUCUCCCUCGGUGGUGUUCGGGAUGAGGCCGAAAUUCGUGGUCACCGACGAACCUACGUUGCAGCUAUGCCUGGUCUGAUUGUGAAUGGACUAAAGAAGGUAGGCGUUGCCAAUCCAGUCUUCCUCCUGGAUGAGAUCGACAAGGUCGGUGGCUCAAACUUCCACGGAGACCCAUCUGCAGCGAUGCUUGAGGUUCUGGACCCCGAGCAGAACCAUACCUUCACGGACCAUUACAUCAAUAUCCCCAUUGAUCUCAGCAAAGUCCUGUUUAUCGCGACUGCCAACUCUUUGGAUACUAUUCCUCCUCCCUUACUUGAUCGUAUGGAGACAAUCUCGCUUUCUGGAUACACCACCGUUGAGAAGAGGCACAUUGCUAAGCGCCACCUGAUCCCCAAACAGGUACGGUCUAAUGGCCUGACUGACGACCAGGUUAACCUGUCUGAUGAGGUGAUCGACAAGACUAUCACCUCUUACACACGAGAGUCUGGUGUCCGUAAUUUGGAGCGUGAGCUUGGCUCCAUUUGUCGCCACAAAGCUGUCCAGUUUGCCGAUGCCGGUGACUCCGACCGCAUGAGUGACUAUAAUCCAAAUGUCAGUGUGGAGGAUCUUGAGGAUAUCCUUGGCAUUGAACGCUUCGAGGAGGAAAUUGCUGAAAAGCACGGUCGUCCUGGUGUUGUCACAGGACUUGUCGCCUACUCGACAGGUGGCCAAGGUAGCAUCCUUUUCAUCGAGGUGGCCGAUAUGCCUGGAAAUGGUCGUGUUCAGCUCACUGGAAAGCUUGGCGAUGUUCUUAAGGAAUCUGUUGAGGUCGCUUUGACAUGGGUUAAGGCCCACUCCUUCGAACUCGGAUUAACCCAUGAUCCUAAUGAGGAUGUCAUGAAGAGCCGUAGCCUCCACGUGCACUGCCCGUCUGGGGCUAUCCCUAAGGAUGGUCCAUCGGCAGGUCUUGCACACACCGUUGCGCUGAUCUCGCUGUUCAGCAACAAAGCUGUCCCACCGCAGAUUGCUAUGACUGGUGAGAUCUCUCUCCGUGGCCGUGUGAUGCCCGUCGGUGGAAUCAAGGAGAAGCUCAUUGGAGCUCUUCGUGCGGGCGUUAAGACGGUGCUACUUCCUCAGGCCAAUCGUAAGGAUGUCAAGGAUGUCCCUCAAGAGGUCAAGGAUGGUCUAGAAAUCGUCUUUGUUCAACACAUUUGGGAGGCCCUUGGCAAGAUCUGGCCAGAUGCUCACUGGCCUGGUCAACAGCACAUGAACUUGAUUGAAAGUCGGCUGUAA